AUGGCCUUGCCCACCCCUGGCGAGUCCGCCAACAAUAACGACUUGCGGCACCAGCCACACCACCCUCACCAGCCACAACCUGACCUUCUACCCCAGGAGAACACGGACGAAAAAAUGAAUCCACAGAAUCCUCCGCUCGAAGAUGCCAAAAUCCCGGGUCCCAAGACCCAGACCGUGUUUAUCCACAAGCUCUACGACAUGUUGGAGGACCUGAGCCUCUCGCAUCUCAUCUGGUGGCUGCCUUCCCACGAUAGCUUCUGUCUCUAUCCGGGCGAAGAAUUCUCCAACGUUUUGGCCCAGUACUUCAAACACACCAACAUCGCCAGUUUCAUCCGCCAGCUCAACAUGUACGGCUUCCACAAGGUGAACGACUCGUUCCACAGCGACGAAAAGGGCACGCUGAGUGGUCAGACCCGCUGGGAAUUCAGACACGCCGCUAAUCAGUUCCGAAAGGGAGACGUGGAGCUGCUCCGCCUCAUCAAACGUAAGCUGUCGAAGGUCAUGAGCACUCCGAAGGAAAUCGUCAAUUUGAAGCUGCUCCCGCCCACGCUGAACCCAGCAACAAGCAACGAUUCAGACUCGGAGACCCCGGACCCAGCUUCCAAGCAGCAGUACCACCGUUCCCUUUAUCAACAGCUGUGGAAGCAGCUGCUGGCGCAAAAACCACAUACGCCUUCGCUGCCCAAUGGCCAUCCUCUGAAUCCGCCUGGCCUGGUCUACUACCCCAUGCAUCCUUAUCCAGGUUUCCCACACUCGGUGACGAUGCCAGUGCCUGUGAGCCCAAGCUCUCCACCUUAUCCUGACCAUCCUAUCCCCACGCCGCUGUCGUAUGUUUCUCAGUCCCAGCUGCGGCAGCCAUCGAACCAGACCGCUUUGGCUGUGGACCAGCUGAUCAACUUGAAGUUGAUCGAGAUGCUGACGGCAAUUACAACGCUCCGGGCCAGCUUCGACGACCUUCUGCAGAAAUACGACACCGUCUGUGCCGCCCAGCAGCAGAGCCAGGACGAUAUGGUGCAGCUUCUUGAUAUUUUGGAUAAAGAUGAGCUACGACUGGAAAACUUGGCUGCGUUCCGAAGCAAACUCGUUUUGAGAAACCCACAGCAGGAGAAACAGCCUUCGGUGAAUGGCCAGAACGGACAACCUCAAAAUGGCCAGAACGGCUCGGCAGAGGAACCACCUUCCUCCAACAUUGUGCCCCAGCGCUACCCUCUAAACCCAAACUAUUCCUUGUACAACAACGGCGAAAACGGCUUUCGUCAUUUCAAACUCGGCGAGGACGGCCACCAGAACCGCCACUUUUCUGUCCUUAUGGACCCGCUUCAAACCAAGGCGUUGAAGGGCCCCGAUGAGCUCAAAUCGUCCAGCCCGCUUUCCAACCAGAAAGACGCCAGGGCCCCUCCCCAUGUCCAGCAGUACCAGCCCAAGGUGAACCAGCAGGCCGCUCCGCUGCUCUACCAGCCCUAUAUGCGUAAUGAUACGGGGCAGCAGAGAACGGUUUCUUUGCCUAUUCUCGAUAAGAACAUGCCGCAGAGUUUUUCACCCCAGCAGAGGCAUUCUACAACUGCGCUUUUGAACGACGACAAGAGGCCCAUCUCGCCCGGUCACGUUCUCCCCAAAACCUACACGCUGAACCCAAUGGUCACUUCUGUUCCUUCUAAAGCGCCUUCUCCAGCUCCCAGUAUACCGCUGACGCCUUUUGAAGGCAAGAGCGUGCUUCCUUCUGUCCAGGAGCUCGACAAGCUGAUCAAGAGAAGCGCUUCAGGAAGGCUCUCCGAUUUGCUUUCUGACGACGACCUGAAGGCUAAGAAGCUCAAGACCGAGGGAUCUCAGAGCUGA